CAGUUGUUUUGGCUGUGCGACAGGAGUACCUGGCCCUUGGUGACGUGCGUGUGAGCCUUAGGGAUGGGGAUGAGGUUGCUGUUAUUCCGCCGUUAAGUGGAGGAUAAAUCAAACAUAAUUUAGAGUCCUCAUCCCUCAUUCCUAACCCAGAUGGCAGAAGGGGAUCCAAGGGAUCUGGUUAAACUGACACAUGACAAACUCUCUGUGGACACAGUGUCAGACUCUGUCACCUGCCCUUCCUGUGGAGCCAUCUCCAUCUUCAUAGGGACGACGAGGGACAGUUUCGAAGGAAUGAAAGUGAUGCAACUGGAGUAUGAAGCCUACAUCCCCAUGGCCGAAUCAGAACUCAGGAAGAUAUACACUGACAUCAGGGCAAGAUGGCCGACUGUCAGGCACAUAUGUGUUCAUCAUCGACUGGGGGUGGUGCCUGUGACUGAGGCCAGUGUGAUCAUCGGCAUCUCGUCUCCUCACCGGGGGGACUCUCUGGAGGCUGUGCAGUACUGUAUAGAUACCCUGAAAGCCACCGUCCCCAUAUGGAAGAAGGAGGUGUAUGAAGCUGACGAGUCCUGUUGGAAAGAGAACAAAGAGUGCCAGUGGAGUGCCAGAGUUGACCUCUAACCUCAUCUAGGAGCUUUUUUUAUGCCAAAUAUUAGGUACACACUGUAUCCGUUUUUAAAGCUGUCCCUAAUCCAAAAAUAUAGUCAGUCACACCUUUAUGCACGUAAAGUUUUAAUGAAAUAAAAUGUACCAUCAGUAUAUAUAUAUAUAUAUACAACACUUUCAAACGUUUGAAUGCUAUAAAAUGUUCAGGAAAGAAGUGGCAUGUACCCAUUGAAAAUAUAUCUGGAAAAAUAACAGUGCAACAUUUUUUCUCGUAAACAUUCUCUCAGAGGGUUUAGUCUUUGCUACUGCGCGUACCUUUACACCGAGCUUCGCUUUUCUCCCAAUCACGAUACAGUAACUUUACAAAUAAACAAUUGAACCAGCA